AGCGAGUGCUGCAGCUGGCUGACAUUCUACUGCUUCCACUACGGUACAUGUAAGUAUGAUACCGAAUUCUUUGUAACCUUGAUACUAGAGCUGCUCCGAGACACUUGCCUUGAAUGGAUCAUACCUGAACCGCGACCAGAAGUAUCCAUGUCUCAGCUCGCUGCAAAGAUUUAGAGAGUGGCCCUACGUACAUAGAAACCCAAAAAAUGAGCCCCCCAAAUUGAACGAGCAAUGACCAGGUCAUCAGUCGUUCCGAGUGCACGAGGCCAACCAAGACGCUUCACCAAUGCUGCCAAGAGGAGACAACCUGGUAGUGCCAUUGUCCGGUUCCGAGUAUGCAAGAGCUGCUAUGAAUUUCGAGUCUGAGAGCAGCGGCAAGCUUAUCAAUAGCAGCGACCACCAGGGUGGAACAAUGCAGCGUCCAAACAGUGAUAUCUCGUCCUUACCUUCCGCUGUGAGUCCUUCUCUGGCCGGAUCCAAUCGGGUGUCGUCCACCAGGGGAUCCAUAAAAGAUCCUGCUUUCGACAACCUGGCUCGAGAUGAUCAGUCACAGACAAACAAUUCUGAGUUCGAAACCGUUGCACCAAACCAAAAGGAUGAGAUCCAGAAAUUGCGCCUCUUGGUGGUGAUAAAUCUCGCCGCGACGACUGUAGUGUUGCUGCUGUUGAUUGCCUUUUUGGUGACAUUCCUCGUCACAAAUGACGGCAACACUUGUAAUGAUGCUGUUUGCGAGUGCCUAUACGAGUUUCCCGCCGACACAGUCACGACGACAACAACUCCACUUGAAACCGUGGCUCCUUCGGGUAGCAACAACUUGAACCCUUCUGGUGGCAACCAAUCGGAUCCUAUCAACGCGGUCGAAACAAUGAACAGCAGCACCCCCCUUCCUACGUUUGCACCAACUGUAAUUCAGCCUCAGGACUCUUUCGAAGACGAGGUAGAGUUACGCCAAGCCGUUCAGGACGCGGACGAGGCUGGGUACGAUCCCUCGGCAGAUGUUUUCGCCAAGUAUGGAUACCCCAUGGGGUUGUGGGACGUAAGUCGCAUCACGGACAUGUCUAGGUUGUUCCAGAACCUCUAUGCCUUCAAUCAAGAUAUCAGUUCCUGGAAAGUGGAAAAAGUCACAUCCAUGUUUGCCAUGUUCUCAGGAGCCAAACAGUUUAAUCAGCCACUGGGCCGCUGGCAUGUUGAUGCUGUAAAAUCAUUCGGCCAACUGUUCAAAGGAGCCGAGCAAUUUGACAAAAACAUUGAAAGAUGGGAGGUCAUUGGCUCCACAGACAUGUCAGAGAUGUUCGCCGGGGCAAAGUCCUUCUCCCAACCCAUCGGACGCUGGCAUGUCAGCACUGUUACAUCUUUCGCAGGGAUGUUCAGUGGUGCUGAAAAGUUCAACCAGAACAUUAGCUCUUGGGAGGUUGAAGGUGCCACCGAUAUGUUUGAUAUGUUCUCGGGGGCAAAAUCUUACAAUCAGCCACUGGGUCGCUGGCAUGUUGAUGCAGUAAAGUCAUUCGCAGGCAUGUUCCAAGGAGCUGAGAUGUUCAAUCAGGACAUUAGUUCGUGGGAGGUUGAAGGUGCCACAAGCACUGAAAAGAUGUUUGCUGGGGCCAAAAGAUUCAAUCAGGCGCUGGGUCGUUGGCAUGUUGAUGCUGUAAAGUCAUUCGCAGGAAUGUUCCAAGGAGCUGAGUUGUUCAACCAGAACAUUAGCUCGUGGGAGGUUGAAGGUGCCACAAGCAUGACACAGAUGUUCUCGGGGGCAAAGGCAUACAAUCAGCCGCUGGGACGUUGGCAUGUUGAUGCUGUAGAGUCAUUCGCAGGCAUGUUCCAAGGAGCUGAGUUGUUCAACCAGGACAUUAGCCCGUGGGAGGUUGAAGGUGCCACAAGCACUGAAAAGAUGUUUGCUGGGGCCAAAAGGUUCAACCAGCCUAUUGGCAGAUGGGCAGUCAGCACCAUUACUUCGUUCGCAGGAAUGUUUGACGGAGCUCAGUCGUUCAAUCAACCACUGGGCAGAUGGGAGAUGACCAACGUGGAAGACACCUCUCUUAUGUUUGCCAAUUCGGCCUUCAACCAGGACGUUUCUCCAUGGUCGUUGAGCAGCGUGACGGAUGUCGGAGGCAUGUUCUACAAUGCGGCAAGCUUCAAUCAGAACUUGUGUAGUUGGAGCACCAAAAUCCAAUCGAAUCCCCUGACGUUGCAGACAAUGGGGAUGGGGAUCUUCCAACGCUCUGGUUGUCCUGAAGUGAGUAAUCCGGCAUCGGUUGCUAGGGGGCCUUGGUGUUACAGCUGCGAUGAAGGUUUGGAGAUGAGAGACGGAAACUCGACGGCCAAUGCAAGCAGCUUGCGUGCAUAG